AUGGAGGAAACGGAGGAAUGGCUAGAGCAAUCAGCUCAGUUCCUCGGAUAUCCGACAACGUGGAAGACAAAGCCUGGCCAGGUUUACCUUGACAACUACAUCUAUCGGCUGAACCCUGCGAAGCAAAGCUCACCGGCGCGGAAGAAGUGCGACGCAGAAUUGACCGCCAGUGGAAAGGAACUGGUAAAGCUGAAGGUCCAGGCCACGGCUGCUCUCCAGGGAUCCGACAACAGUACAUGGCAAAGACAUCAUAUUGCCGACGUCAAUACUACGACGCUGCAAAUCUCAAAGGCUCCCAAUCGCUCCAGGGUAACAGCUGCCGAGAAGUGGGAUCCACGUGUAGCCUGGCUCGUGUUUGCACUGAAUUGGAUUCUUGCAUUGUCUGCUGUCCUUCAAUGGAUGGUCUUCCUCUUGCUGCGAGCUAUGUGUCGUUACUGCAUUCCCGACCGACAAGCCGAACAGCCUCUGACUUAUCUGCCCUUCCACUGUGAAGCUCCCCGGUAUGCUCGUGUCGCGGCCAGUUUACGUGACAACCGAAACCCUGAGCGACAGAUGAAUACUGUAACAGACGGGUUUAGUCGAAUCGGGGAGCAGACAUACCGACGCUUUCGCCCGAGAACACUCAUGAAACGGAACAAUGACAAAGAACCCGAAUUGGUGAAAAAGCCACCAGUUACCGCAAGAUACGUAUUCAUCGCUUUUUCCUUCAGGCACUUCCCGCUCCACACAGCCGCUGGGACAGUAUCAGAUGAGGCAAUUGAGCUCGCCCGAGUGGCAAACAAGAUGGCUGGUAGCCUUGGGUAUGAGUACUACUGGUGUUCUAUGUCCUGCGGUGCCUACGACGGUACCUUGACCGAUGCACUGGAAAUCCAAAACCGCUCAAUCUACGAAAUCAGUGAUGUAAUACGCGGUGCAGACCAUGUCAUCAUUGUUCUCCCUCCUACCGACCGACAGGCUCCGACGCCGCCGUUGAAAGACCUGACUGUAGACGGCCAGCCUGCCUUGACAGAGGAGCGAGAUGACACGAAACAAAGGCUCAAAGAGUGGGCAGCACGCCUCUGGACAUUCCCCGAGGUUAUACUUGGGCGCAGUGAGAAAAUUAUGGUCUGUUGGAGAAAAGGGGGUUCUAUCAACUGGUACGAGUUAGAAAAGAGGCUGUUCCCUAUCCAAGUCUGGAACGACAAUGAGACCUCCCGACAGCUUGUCGAGCAUUACGGCAGCACAAACCUCUCGCGAAUUGAGUUUGUCAAAAUUGUCCUUGAAUGUCUGCUUCAUCGGCAAGUCGAAACGAAGGUCGAGCUCUAUUACCCAGGCGAUAUAAGCUAUGUCCUGAUGGGUUUCCUCCGCCUUCGGCCUACAGUGAACUGUCAUGACAGUUCUUUGCAAGCUUUCGCACGGCUUUCCUUGCCGGCGGAUAACGACAGGCUCAUGGAACGCUUCCUCUGUCUUCAGCCUCCCAGUCGCCACUCAAAUUGGGCUGAAAUGGAAGAUGAGUUCCACGCCAGCCUGUGGAAUAUCGAACCGAGCAUCCAGGUGUCUGGUGUCGGCGAAAACGACACCCUGCUCAUCGAGAAGGCUUGGGGGGCGAAGAUCCAGCUCAACAAAUUUUCAGACAUUUGCGCCGCAGAUGUUGGAUUCGGGAGGCACUUCCAAGGCGUGCUUGCUGGCUUCGCCAUUGUACCUUCGUGGUCCGAGUGGCUAGGGCGUAGUUAUCGUCGGGCCAAACUUCGAAACACCUACCCCCGGCUGUUCGGGUUCGAAGGGUUCAUGAGCAUCGGCGAGAUUGAGGAAAAGUUGUUCGGCGGCCCGGUCGGGCUUCUCAGCUGGAGCAAGAACGGAUCUCCUCUCUCCCGCCACGGCCCUGGGCCGGAGGUGUUGGAGUCCAAAUUGCACUGGUCGGACAGUGAAGACACCGAACUAGGUGAAUUUGGCAGGGACAGUGUGGACGUGACAACCAGGGACGGCACGCGGCGUGUGAAGACGUAUCCCGUAAUUGGGAAAGAGCCUUGGGGUCCGUGUGAUGAAAAGUGCCGACAGGCCAGAGAGAAAAGGGGUCGUUGCUCGCACCCCACGCAAGAGGAGUUGCGCCAGAUGGGACGCAGCGCCAUGGGUCAAGACAAGAUAUUCUCAUUGAUUGACACUGUCACGAUGACCGUCACCGUCUUCAGGGCGGCGUGGCCACCCCAAGCGCUCAUCGCCUGCGGCACCGAAGGCGGCAUGGAGAGAGUCCUCGUGUGCUCGUACGACUGGACGAGUGGCGUUUUCUUCAAGGAAGCGGUCUUGAAGUUUCCAGGGAAGAUUCUGGACUCGAUGCAUCGACUGCCAACGAUUCGACUCGGGUUCCAGCGCGCGGACCGCGUCGGGACCCCAGCGGACCGUAUACUGGAUCGGACCGGUUUACAAGGCAUCAGUGUCGAUCAGCAACCACACUGA